CGUCAGCCUAUAUCAAUUGAUUGAUUGGCUCAUUUUACUGGAAGGCGGGACUUCCUUCGCUAGAGCAGCCAUACUGAGCGUUACAUUCCCUUCCCAUUCAUUGCAAUAGCACUCCUGCAGUGUGUUAAUAUUUGCUAUCUUUGUUUACGAUCAUUCUGUCGGAUCAUCAGAGACCUACAAGAGAGGAGAGCUACUGGUGUAUUCUGUGGUUAACAGACAGGACAGAGCGAGCCCCGCCGAUAAUACAGGAGCAGCAGAAAGAGGGCGAGUGAAGAUACAGUCAGUGCAGGUGAACAGCUACAAUCUGCACCACGUGUUGCCAACAUGGAGGAGGACGAAUAUAAACAAGACUUUCUCUAUUGUGAAGAGUGUCAGUCAUUUUUCAUCGGUGAAUGUGACGUUCAUGGUGCUCCAUUGUUCAUUCCUGACACCCUUGUGCCUGUGGGGGCUGCAGACCGGGCCAGACUUACCCUUCCUGCUGGACUGGAGGUUCAAACAUCCAACAUUCCCAAUGCAGGACUCGGGGUGUUUAACCAGGGUGAGAUUCUUCCUGUUGGAGCACAUUUUGGCCCUUAUGAGGCAGAAGCAAGCAAAAAGGAGGAAGCUAUCAACAGUGGAUUCUCAUUUGUGAUAUACAAGAGAAAGCACUUGAAUGAAUAUAUAGAUGCCAGAAGAGAAACACACUCGAACUGGAUGAGAUAUGUAAAUUGUGCUUGCAGUGAAGAGGAACAAAAUCUGGUGGCAUUUCAGUAUGAAGGAGCGAUUCUGUACCGAUGUUGCCGGCCAAUCAAAACUGGAAAAGAAUUGCUAGUCUGGUAUGGAGAGGAGUAUGCCAGAGAUUUUGACAUCACUUUUGACCAUCUGUGGAACACUAAAUGCUCUGAGAGAGAGAACGGUUCCUGUCCAGUGUUUACCUGCUCUGUUUGUUCAUUGUCAUACAUGGCUCAAACGUAUCUCCACAAACAUAUGAGAAGAUGCCAUCAUGAGGAGUGUGACAAACUGCUGAAAUGUGGAGAGAUUAAGAAUGAGGACAUGGUACCUAAAACUACCUUGAAAACAGAACAUGUAUCUUCUGAUAAUCUCUGCUCUGCCACUCAGAACGAACUAAAACACAGAGAAGAAGGCAAGGAGAAAACUCACCAUUGUGCAGAUUGUGGGAAGAGUUUCUCUUGGUUAAGUCAUCUUAUUGCACACAAGCGCACACACACAGGAGAGAAGCCGUAUCACUGCACACAGUGUGGGAAGAGUUUCUCUCGGUUAGGUGAUCUCAGUAAACAUCAGCGUAUACACACAGGAGAGAAGCCGUAUCACUGCACACAGUGUGGGAAGAGUUUCUCUCUGUCAGCUGUUCUCCGUGUACAUCAGCGUAUACACACAGGAGAGAAGCCGUAUCACUGCACACAGUGUGGGAAGAGUUUCUCUCGGUUAGGUGAUCUCAGUGUACAUCAGCGUAUACACACAGGAGAGAAGCCGUAUCACUGCACACAGUGUGGGAAGAGUUUCUCUCGGUUAGGUGAUCUCCGUGUACAUCAGCGUAUACACACAGGAGAGAAGCCGUAUCACUGUUCACAGUGUGGCAAGAGUUUCUCUCGGUCAAGUCUUCUUAGUGAACACCAGCGAAUACACACAGGAGAAAAGCCUCAUCACUGCACACAGUGUGGGAAGAGUUUCUCUCGGUUAGGUGAUCUCAGUGUACAUCAGCGUAUACACACAGGACAGAAACCAUAUCACUGCACACAGUGUGGGAAGAGUUUCUCUCAUUCAAGUUAUCUCAGUAGACACCAGCGCAUGCACACAAGAGAGAAGCCGUAUCUCUGCACACAAUGUGGGAAGAGUUUUUCUCAUUCAAGUCAUCUCAGUAGACACCAGCGCAUGCACACAAGAGAGAAGCCGUAUCUCUGCACACAGUGUGGUAAAAGUUUCUCUCAUUUGGUUAAUCUUAGUAAACACCAACAAACACACACAGGACAUAAGCUGUAUCCUUGCUCACAGUGUGAGAAGAGUUUCUCUCGGUCAAGUAAUCUUAAAAGACAUCUGCGCUCACACACAGGAGAGAAGCCGUAUCACUGCUCACAGUGUGGGAAGAGUUUCUCUCUGUCAAGUUACCUUAGUUUACACCAGCAAACACACACAGAGGUGAAGCCAUAUCACUGCACACAGUGUGGAAAGAAUUUCUCUCGGUCAAGUCACCUUAGUAGACACCAGAAAACACACACAGGAGUGAACCUCUAUUACUGUGUACCAUGUGGAAAGAGUUUUAAUAGGUUUAUUGGCCUUCAAAGACAUCAGCAGAAACACAAAUAAGUCAUAUCACUGCUUAAAGAAGAAACUGAUGUCACUAUUCAUGCAGGUCACUUAUCAGAAUAUAAAUAGAAUUGUGAGUUACCUUUCUGUCACUUACUCAACGUUGUGUAGAUGACUUUAUUGUCCCCUUAGGGAAAUUCUUCUUCACAGCAUCGUUCUAUUCCACAUACACAGCCACAAACAGGACACAUUUAACACAUUGUGACGGGUAGAGAAACGACACGUACAACAAAUCACAGUUCACACAUUUAUUGAGAGGUGCGGCCCGUGGGGGAAAAGGAAUAAAGGGCUCCGGGCGUUGAUGCAGCAUUGUGGGGCGGUGAAUGGUGCCUUGCGUGUUCUUCGUGCAGAAGUGCUGGUCGGUGCCUGGGUCCGCGGCAGCUGCCGGUCAUCAGUCAUCUGAGCCUGGGAGACAACCAUUAGACAAUUCAUGUUAUGGAGUCGUAGCUCACCAUGGCUUCUGUGAAGCCGGCUUUUAUGCCGGCCGAGAUGAGGUGUUGACAACCGCAGCUGCGCCUAGUUAAUUCCAUCCGUUCCCAUGGUGACACUGAAUGCGCUAUGGGUGACUCGCCACAACAUUGACUACACAUUUUUGGUCUACACUCUGGCCUGUUUUGUUCAGGGCCACUUUAGCAGCAGGGAUCAGGCUCUUCGCGAAGUGAGCCCUUCUGCACCUUAGUGCCCUAUAUCUGCAUCCUGAAGGGAGUAGGGUAAGGUUCAAUGGGUGUGUAAUAUCCAGCUCUAUUGACUUUGCCAUUUGUGUAAUGACCCUGUUGUUUAGGUCAGUCCAGUUUGGUGUGGGAAGACCAAUUAUCUUGUUGUUGAUGUAAAGGCAGACUCCGCCACUCUGUGUCUAUCCCCAAUUGUCCUGUUCUGUCAGAGCUUAUAAUAGUAAAAUUAUCCAUGCUAACCUCAGCAUCAGGUACAGACUCAUCAAGCCAUGUUUCAAAUAAGGCAAUGACACAAAUGUCCCUGAAAGCUUGUUCCAGUCGGCACCUAGCAUGUAGUUGAUCCAUUUUAUUACGGAGUGAGCGUACAUUUGCCAAGAUGAUGGAGGGGAGAGGCGGACGAAAUGGACGCCUCCUUAUUCUGGAACUAAUACCUCCACUCCGUCUUGGAGACGAUCUUAAGAGACCAAUCACUUCUUUCUAAACAGUGCCAUGAGAGUUAGCGAGUGGGAUUUUCGGGCCUGUCUCUGCCCCAGUUAUCUGGGUAUAAAAGAAGUUUGUUCUUCAGAGCAGAUCUGUGCAUGCUAUUGCAUUACUCUGCUUCUCUGUUUGGGGCAUUCCCCCUGGGACAUUAUGUGUGCUGGUCUCUUUUUUUUAAUCAACGGACCACUUUGGAUGUUCCCUGGGCUGCUGUUUGUGCUGCAGAUGUGCUUAAAAGGAUACUCCACAGUAGCAUGAUAAUUAAGAUGACAUUCUGCCAGUUACGUUGCUGUCUCUGGGCGGGAGUCAUAAAGCUUAAUUUGAGUUCUGAAGAUGAACGGAGGUCCUAGGGUUGUUGUACGACUUCAGGGUGAGUAAUUCAUGACAGAAUUUGCAUGCUACAGUGGAGUAUCCCUUUAAGAGCAAUUUGGGAAAUACAAUAGUUUUUUUGCUAAGCGAGUCCUCCUGUUUCCCUUCACACUCAUGCAAACCUGUCUUAAUCCUGAAUUCAAGAUGGACAAUCCACUGUCUGGUGGUUUUAUUGUCAUGUUUGGGAUUUGGGAGGAUGAUGACCUGUCGCAGCAUUGAAAGGUGGGUUCCCACCAUCAUAGGCAGACAACUUGCAUUCCCUGUGCGGAGCUUUUCUUGGGAUGCAGAGAGUUUCUACGGACAGAAGUACCCUUAGAACAGGUAUUGAGGCGUGUUGCAUGUUGUCACGAGAGACACAUUGAACAUGUUCUGUGGUAUGCAGCGAGUACACAGGCCUCGCCUGCGUUGGCAUAUCUAACUGUCUGGAGUUAUUGGCAGUUUUGUUUGCCUUGUGGAGAAAUCCUUAUGUUAGCAGGAUCUUAUUGUCAGAUUUCUCCUAGGCCUGGCUUGAUGCCCUCUUGGAACCUUUCUUUGGUGCUUGUGGUUCUUUAGAGAAGGGUUGGGAUCUGCAAACAUUCUCUUUGUUUUGCGAGAGGUUUUUUUAGGGCCUUUAUGCCUUUUUAAUAUCAUAGGACAGUGGAGAGCAGACAGGAAAGUUUUGGAUAUAGAGACAGGGGAGAGGGACCUGCAAAUUACGUUCUAGACGGGAAUCAAACUCUGGUCAGGCCGCAAGUGCACUGGCACUAUAUGAGGGCACACUAACCACAGGGCUAUCAGCGCCAACAGGUCCCGGACACUUGCAUGAUCCUAGAACCUCAGCCUAGUGCCUAAAUUUCCCAUUACUCCCUUCAACGUGGUGAACUUGUAGGCUGUCCCACAGUCAAAAAAACUGUGUCCAGUGUAUGCUUUUCAAUUAUUGCAUAUUAAGCAAUUUCCUUGUUGGUAGUCCCAUAUGAGGUAUUUCUGCUGUCUAGUUUUCAUGACUUCCUCUAGACAGAGACCUAAUCUGUUUUCUCCAAUGAGGCUGGUUGGUGCAUCCUUUUGGCAGUACUUUGUUCCGGGGUUCAGCCAGAUGUGUUACCUACUGUGGUAUAAAGUGCAUCUGUGGUAUUUCCACAUGUAAACUCCCCUUGGGUAUGAUGUGGUCGCUGUAAUUCCACACUUUCCCAGCACAUUUGGUUAGUAGGUUUCUCUGCAGUUACUACAUGGAAGCCUUUCCCCCCACUCAGAGUGAAAUCAGAAACUUUGUUGUGUGUCCCGCAAGUCAUAAAGAGUGUCCCACAUUUUUAUUUUGUCUGUAAUUAUAAUAAUUAUUAUAUAUAUUAUUAUGUCUGGAACAUUUUAUUUAAUCUUCCUUUAAUCAAAUUCUGUAAUAAAAAACAAUAAUUAUGCACAGUGCAGGUGUUGUCGUGUUGAAGCCAAAGUAGGAUAAAACAGUUGCUGCUUGAGUGCAUGCUUAAAAGAAGUUGUUUGAUUUCACUGAUGGCAACUACCUAAAGCACAUCUCAUACCUGGCUAUCAAGAGUGAAUUUAGCCUCCAGGACCUCCAUGAAGCAGCUGAGGCACUAAAAACCGCUUUAAACUGGACAUGAACCAGCAGUAUAACAAUUGUAAAUUAGUCAAUUAUCUCUCUGUUGUGUCAAAAUCACAUCUACUGUCCUGCAAACAAGCCUUAGCCAGGUGGUCACCCUACCCCUAUUCCUACCCCCAUGCUUUGAAAAAUGUAUGGUGUCAUAUUAAGAGAUAAUGUCAACAGUCAUUAAGAUCCUCUUCAAUUUGCAUAUAGAAAAAGAAGAGGUACAGGCGAUGCGAUAAAUAGUCUGAUGCACCUGGUUUUAAAUCAUUUGGAGGAUACUGAUGCUUAUGCAAGAGCGCUUUUUAUAGAUUUUAGUUCAGCUUUUGGUACCAUUCAACAGUUUGUUUUAAUGAAUAAAUUAAGGUAGUUAGAUGUAAAUUCUGCAAUUAUGCAAUGGUAUCACUCCUUUUUAACUAACAGGACCCAGCGUGUCAAAGUUAAUAACGUUUAUCUCAAAUAAAAUACUGCAGUACUGGUGUCCCAUAGGGUGUUGUUAGUUCUCCAGUCCUCUUUACGCUGUUUACUAAUGAGUGUUCAAGAAAGCACCUGCAGAACUACAUUUUGAAGUACUCUGAUGAUACAGUAAUUUUAAGUCUGUUGAAAAAAACAAGAUUCUCUUUCUAUUCAUUUCUCUGAGAUUGACUCAAAAUCCAAAUCAAAGAUACUUUAUAUUGUUCAAACUGCUACAAAGAUUAUUGGUCUACUAGGGUAGUCUAAAUGACUACCCUACACUGUAAAAAAAAUUAAGCCUUCACAACAACAAAAAAUCUUAGUACUAAUUUCCCCUCGCUUUUUCUUGUUCACUCAACUUUUUGAAAUAGAAGUUGUACUGACUUAAAAUAAUGAAUUGGAGAUACAAAAAAUAAUGAAUUGGGAUAACUCAGGAUUAUUAGUUGUACUGACUUAAAACAAGUACUGUAAUUGGAGAUCCAAAAAAUAAUUGAGGUAAUUUAGAAUUAUUAGUUUUCUUGAGAGGUACAAAAAAUUAUGCUUAAGUCAUUAGUUGUCACAACAUAGUCAAGUUUACAUAAUGAACAACAUAACAAAUUAUUUUUGUUGGCUGAACAUAAAUAAAGAAUAUAAAUUGGUUACUUAAAAAUAAGCAAAUAUUUUUGUCUUUUACUACAAUUUGAGUAAACUUUGAUCAAACAACUGCUUGAACAGUUUGAGUCACGUUGGGUCUGCACUUACACCUCAACAUUGAACACACAAACCUCAACCAUGGUAACAAUCAAAAACCAUCAUUCAUUAUAAAAACUCUAAACACAACAGAUAACAAACAGUAACAACAAGAUUAAAGCAUAAAUUAUUCCAGCAAGAACUAAAACACUAAUCUUUAAAAGAAAAGCAAAUAAGAAACACCGAAUUGAACAUGCUGCAGUGCAUCUUGGGAACUUUCAAACUCUUGUUUGUUCAUUGUAGAUUGACAUAACUAAAUUUUUUACAUUUAUAGAGGUCUUUUUGAGUGAACUUGCAAAGAUUUUUUCACACAACUCAUAUUUUUAAGUUAAUGAAGAAAAUGUUUGGUUACAAUGAAUGAACUUAUUAAAAGAAGUUCUGUGAACUUUUUCAUUGACUUUUGCUCAACCAACACAACAAAAUUAGUUGUUUAAACUUUUUUUGAGUUGGGUUUUUUACAGUGUAGUAUUCAAGCUCUGCACAAGCUAUGUACAUUGAACCUGGCCAAAAGGAUUUUAAAUGACCCGUCUCGUGUACUUCACUCUUGUUAUGAACUCUUACCCUCUGGAUUCAGAACAUCUUGUUACAAACUAAACGGAUUUAAGAACUCCUUUGUGCCAUCAUCAAUCAGACUGCUGAACACGGACCAUCUAUUUUUAUGAAUAUGUCUUAUCAUGUGUAUAUGUAUUGUGUGUACGUUUAUUAUGUAUUAUUGUAUCAGGUCAGAGACAAAACAUGUUUUAGCUAUUGAAGUCCACUGCAAAUUUCCCUACUAAGGUCAAUAUUUCAUUUCAUAUUCAGUCUCUCCUUCCAGAACAUGAAGUUUCACUCUCAGCGUGUUAGAAGGUUGAGAACUCUAAAUGGAUUUCCACUCUGGCAAGGAGACUGCCAUGCAAAUUGUACUCGAUUGAGUUGUCAGAAUAGUUGACUAGAUGAGUCCAAUCAUCAUUUUUAUUGGUUUUUAUACUAUUGAAUCUUUAAUGACUUUUGUUACUUUUGUUGUGUAUUUCAGUUCUUUAAGAAAAUGAUUUGUCAAUGUGAAUUCUGAUUUGAAAAUAUAUGUUAUUUGAAUUUUUAUUUUCACAUUUUAUUCACAAACUUAAUAUUUGUUCACAAACCUAAUCAAGUUUUGGUAAACUGCACACCAAGAAGGCACCAUAGGACACUUGCCUUUUUUGUCUGCUUUGAACUGGUUUCUUAUAGCCUAAUAAAUCCCAUUACUUGACAGAUGACAUUGUAACAAUACCACCAGGUGUAAAUUACCAACAUAAAUUACCAUGCGUUCUAACUGGCCAUUCUUUUAUGGCAACUGUCUGACAACAGUGUUAUGUGUUUACAUCAAGUGAAAUCAGCCAACAGGCACCAAGCAGAUCGGUUGGAGUCUCUAAUCCCCAUGAUUGGCUCAGCAAUGGUGAAGCAAAAGUUGUUUCCUGGAGCACAGUUUGAAACUCUUAGAAUCCAACAGGACUGCAUUCAGAAGAAGUUAGUAAAACAGAGAAAAUCGGUGACAUACAGUGAUCGUGGCAUGCUGCGAAAACCCAGAUUCUUCAUCCAACUUCAUCCCUCACCUCCUCCCUUCUUUCCGUCUUUCCUCCUCUUGUGUUUUUCCUUUCUUCCUCCUCACGCUCUCUCCCAAGCCCGCUCUUCCUUCACCCUGUCUUCCGCUGUGUCGAUACCCAUCCCACUAAAUGCUUCAGCCCUGGAAGUGUUUUUUGUUGUUGUUCAAUUUGAUGUUCGUUUUGAAUGCCAUGAUGGAAGAUCUAAUCACAACCCAUUAUAAGAUUUCUAGCACAGAAUGUCAGGUUUAGAUUUUUUUAUCUGUUGGAAUUUGAUAGAAAACAUGAUACCAUGUAUUUGAACAAGAUGUCCAGAACCUCUGGUAUAAAAGUAGGUCCACAAUAAAGAUCCUGUGGUAUAUUUAAAUGUGGAUAUGGAAUGUGGAUUUUUGAUCAAUGUGUGCACCAAACCUAUCUUGUGUUAUUGCUGCCAAAAAACUAUUUUCAUUUCAUGUUGCCAUAGACCCCAGUCCUGGUUGAAGAUCAAGUAUGGCAGAUUCAAAUGGUGGAGUUUAUCUUUGCAUGAGAGCAGAAGAUUUGUUUCUUGAACAGUGUCCCAAUCAACUUGUGGUGAUGGAGGUGCAGUUUUCCUUUAUUUUUUAAAUUGCUUUCUGAUCCCAAAAUUCAAUUGAUUUCAACAGUUUUCCAGCUGUGAUCUUGGAAGAGUCUUUGGCCACUUAAAUUCUUCUCCUCACUGUGCAUUAAGACAAUAUAGACACACAUUCUCUUUCAGGAAGAUUUUCUACAUCUCCAGACUAUUAAAACUUGUGAUCAUUGCCCUGAUGUUGGAAAUGGGACUUUUAUUGUUUUAACUAUUUCCUUAAAGCCUUUUUAUUUCGUGUAACUCAAUGUCACGAUCACCGAGUGCCCUGCAGAUCCACUAGAGGGCACUCCCCUCAUCACCCUGACUGCCAAAACACUACAUUUCCCAUAAACCUUUGGACUCAUUAGUCAGUAUUACAUUCACCUGUGUCUAGUUAUCUGUCCACCUCUUUCUAUAUAACCAGGCUCAGUCAGUCAUUGCAAAGUUUUGUGUUACUACUGCAGUUCUGAGUGGUCCCUGGUGAGGUUUCGCAGGUCCUUGUUUUGGUGUCUUAGUUUGCAGUGUUUGACGUUUUGACCAUUCAUCUGUUUUUUUUUUACUUUUACCUGUUUAUUGGAUUACGUGUUUGGAUUGCCCUUUGGAUGUGUUAGCUCUGUGUGGACUGAUCACCUGUGUAGUGUACGGCAUACAUAUUAGGACAUCGUCAGACCUCAGCGUCAGUACUCGGGUAUCAGAUUAAACGGCAUCGCGCCUCAGACAAAAAGGCAUCAGUUCUCAACAAAACAGCGUCGGGGCUAAGGUCUCGACCAAUCAGGCAACAGGCAAAACGGCCUCAGACUAAAAAGCAUCAGCUCUCGCGCAACAAGGCAUCAGGCGAAACGGCCUCAGACUGAAAGGCAUCAGAUGACUCUAGAAGUGGCCACGCCCCCCCUCCCGCAUGACGUCAAUGCCGCAAACCCUUUUUGAGCAGCACUUUUACGGCAGACAGACAGGUACACGCGAAAGGUAGGAUGUCCACGAGUUUUUAAUAGUUUUAAUCG